AUGGUGUUUCUGGUAGAACAUGAGAAAAAGAUGAAGUUGCAUUCCAAAUAUGGCAUCAACGUACCAAGAUCUGUUGUUCAAGUUUUUCUGGCUGAGCUUGAUCUUGUCGGAACCCAGCAAAGAAAAGCUCAUUGCCUUAGACGACGACGGUAUUCCAACCCCGGCCCCAACUACAGUUGGCACUCUGAUGGUUAUGACAAGCUUAAACCAUAUGGGUUUCCGAUACACGCAUGCAUUGACGGAUUUAGUAGAAGACUCAUCUGGCUCAGACUUACCAGAAGCAACAACGAUCCGCAUAUUAUUGCCUCAUUCUUUUUGGAAUCUAUUAAAGAAUUGCAAGCUUGUCCAACACUUUUGCGAACAGACAGAGGCACGGAAAAUGGAAGUAUGGCAACGGAUAUGGUAGAUGGUGGUGAGUUGGACACAAGCAACCAUUUGCAUAUGGAGUGCCUUUGGUUUUCAUUCAACAAAGUUAUUGAAAAUGAAUUGAGUCAAGUUCAAAGUAAUUGGAACAAUCACUAUAUUCGAAAAUCAAGGUACCAGACUGUAGCUGGAAUUCCAAAUAAGCUAUAUUUUUUGCCAGAGGAGAUUGGGUCAAAAGAUUACAAGAAACCGUUUCAUCCUGUUGAUCUGAAUAUGAAGUUAACUCGUCCGAGGCAGUUGACUCUAAUGAAGGCAACGAAACCAGUGAUUACCAUCUCUACUUCAACUGCGUACUUCACACUCUUGGCUUUGAUCCUCCAACCAGUUGGCGAGAAAGCUUGA